UCAGACUGCCCCCUGGACGGUCUGAACUCAGUUGCGCAUCAGAAAUAACGUUAUUUCUGAAUCGUUUUUCUUACGAAGGUAUGAGAGUUUCUAUUGUCGUGACAUAGAAAUGUGUGAGAAGGAAAGUGAACUUAAGAUUCUAUUUACUCCAGGGCACGUGGAAUUAAUAAAGGAGAAUGUGGCCAUCCCAUACAGACGUGUGCUAAUAACAGGUGCCACAGGCCUACUUGGACGGGCUGUGUAUAAAGAGUUCCAGAACAAUGCUUGGGAUGCUUUGGGUACUGGCUAUUCACGGGCACGGCCUCGCUUUCUCAAGUGCAAUUUACUGGAUGAGGAGGCCUUGCGUUCCCUAAUCCAGCAGUUCCAGCCCCAUGUGAUUGUGCACUGUGCGGCAGAGAGGAGGCCAGAUGUGGUGGAACGGCACACUGAAGCUGCCAUCAACCUCAAUGUCCACGUGUCCGCCACUCUGGCUAAAGAGGCAGCUGGGAUCUUCCUCAUCUACAUCAGCACUGAUUAUGUAUUUGACGGCCGUAACCCUCCCUACGGGGAGAAUGAUGCCCCCAACCCCUUAAACCUCUAUGGCAAAUCCAAGCUGGAGGGAGAGCGAGAAGUCCUGCGACAUAACCCAGGCGCUGCCAUCCUGAGGGUGCCCAUCCUGUACGGCGAGGUGGAGCGUGUGGACGAGAGCGCGGUCACCGUUCUGUGGGACCGUGUGCAGGAGGGCGCCGACAGCUGCACCAUCGACCACUGCCAGCAGCGCUUUCCCACCUACUGCAACGACGUGGCCCGCGUCUGCAGGCUGAUGGCCGAGAGGAGGCAGCAGGAGCCCUCAUUGCAAGGCAUAUUCCAUUAUUCUGGUAAAGAGCAGAUGACCAAAUACGAGAUCACGUGUGCAAUUGCAGAUGCGUUUAAUCUACCCAGCAGUCACCUCAUACCGCUGACGGAGCAGCCUGCGGGUGCCGGGGCGCAGCGGCCCCAGAACGCCCAGCUUGAGUGCUCGCGGCUGGAGCUGCUGGGCCUGAGCGUGGAGCCCACUCCCUUCAAGAUGGCCAUCCGAGACGUGCUCUGGCCCUUCCUCCAGGACAAGCGCUGCCGGCAGACCGCCUUUCACUGAAGGGUCACCGCUCCCCUGGAACCGGAGAGAAAGAGAAUGCAUUCCUAAAAUAAUAGUGAUCUUUCAUGUGACAUGGAAUAGUUUUAGCUGAAGUUAUCAGUUGAGUGUUUUGCACAGUUAUUUUUUUUCCCAAUCCUGUGAUGGAACAGAUACACGCUCAAUCUACUUUGGACUAUUUUAUGUUUCUGUGCGAGAUAAAUAUUGAUAAUCAUUGCCGUUUGGGGAUCACAACAACUGUCAUUUUAUUUCAUUAACUCUUUGCUGGUGUAGGCUUUUGAUGUAGGUCUACCAGUUCAAAAUAUUCUCAUAAUUUACAUUGUUUCUGUGAAGGAAAGUGUUCCUGCUGUGGGCUUUGCCUUGCCUGAAGGUUGACGUGAUGUCUGUGCUAGCAGGCCUACCAAAAUGAUAUCACCCCAAAAUGGAGUACGGUUGUGAAGGUACUUUAUCUCAACACUGAGUGCAAUAGUUGAGUUGCUAUGUUGGCUUUUCUGAGGGAACAGUUGAAGAAUAUUAUAUGUUUUAAAUUCUGGGGUUGAACCCUUUUGCAAGCACUGUUUUCUCACUUUGGUGUGCUGUGACCACCAAUUAUGUAUAAGAUUAAAUAAACAAACUUUUAUUUGACUGA